AUGCCCGAAAGCAAGUCUAAAGGUCGGAGCAGUCGAUCUCGGGCAUCCCCUGCGAAAAAGACGGAGCCCAAGAAGAAGCGUCGUACGAGUAGUACUACUAGCAAGAAAUCCAAAGAAGCUGCCUCUCGUGCCACAACCACCGCGAGUACUCCAGCCCCAUCGGCCGUGUUGAUUGUGGACAAUGGCGGUGACAAACUCAAGUACGGAUGGAUGACUCCAAAUGCUGAUGCUGCUACUACUCCUCAGUACCUGCCCAACGUAACGGCCCGAUUGAAACAUCAAUUGACGAUUCUGGUAGGCGAUCAAGUGGAAGAAACGGCAGAACGAAAUCCCAGUCAAAUGUACGCCAUUACCCGAUCGACCGAACGAGGCAUUGUCACACAUCUCGGCAAUCAAGUCCAAGUAUGGAAACGCAUGUUGGAUUUGCUGGGGGUUGUCAUUCCACCUCCUCUUUUGGAUCAUGGUGAAGCAUCCAAAGCGUUUGGAUGGAAAGUCACGCAUCGGCGGAAACAACAACCUCAACAAUCACAACAGCAGCAAACAACACAACGAAUUCCAGCCGUGUCAUUGGCCGUUCUCUUGUUGGUGCCACCCCAUUGUCCUCGACUAGUCUUGGAUCAAAUUAUGCAUGUUUGGAUGGAAGAUUUUGGAGUCUCGCAUGUCGGAUUUGCCACUUCUCAAAUGUGUGCCACACAACCCCACGCCAAAUUUCAAACGGGCUGUCUGGUAGAUGUGGGAUGGAGUGCCACGCAUGUCGUUCCCACAUUUCAAAACAUGCCACAACAGAAUGCCAUUCGACGCAUGCCACUGGGAGGACGUCAUUUGGUCAACAUUUGGAAGUACUAUGCCAGUUAUCGACAAUACAAUCUCAUGGAUCAAGAAUGGAUCCUGCGCGAUGUGGUUCGACAAUUGGCCUACAUUUCCUUGGAUUUUCAAAAAGAACUACAGCUAGCACAAUCCACACUCCCUGGGAGACGGUCGUUUGAUCGCAAUUUUGUACUCCCCGAUUAUCAAACCACCUUUCGGGGACAAGUGGAACUCACGGACUUUGCCAAGUAUCAAUUGGAACAAGAAGAAGAGAAACGAAAGAAGAAGGAACAAGAAGAAAACAAUGCUCAACAACAACAGCAAGAAGCAGAUGACGAGUCGGAGGAUGAUGAUGAAGAUUUCAAUGACGACCAACCAGCACAAGAAGAUGACAAUGCACAAAAAGACGAAGUAAAAAAGAUGGACGAAGACGAAAACAGCCCAGAUGGAGAGGACGCCGAGAAGGACCGCCAAACGUCCAAAAAGACGAAAAAGAAGAAAAAGAGCCGCAAGAAACGUCGUGGCAAGAGGAAACGGGACCAAGAGGACGACGAUGAUGAUGACGAGGAGGAAGAAGAGGAUGAAGACGACAAUAAACAGCUCUUGCGACAACGAUUGUUGCGUCAACAGCAAGAAGAAGAACGGAGACGACGAGAACUCGAAGCCGAACAGCAAGUGCUCUCGGUAUCGGUGGAACGAUUCACCGUCCCAGAAGUCUUGUUUCGUCCCUCGGAUGCCAAUUUGCCCGUGGAACUGGCAGGGCUGCCUCAUUUGAUUCUGCAAAGCAUCAAGGCGUGUCCGUCGUUUUUGCAGCCGGCACUGUACCGGUCCAUUCACAUUACGGGAGGACUCUCGCAAUUGCCCAAUUUACAGCCACGGCUGGAACAAGAGUUGCGCACACUCAUUCCCAAUGAAUUGGAAAUGAAGGUGACGCUGUCGGAACAUCCUGUGGAUGGGGCAUGGUUGGGAGCCAGAGAUUGGAUUCGAGAAAAGCCGUAUACACAGUGGAGUGUCAGUCGAGACGAAUGGGAAGCCAGUCAAAAACGAAAGGCUUGGAUCAAGCUGCUCACGGUAAAUGGGGGUGCCUUGGUGUAG